UACUCCGUCUUACUCUACUUCUGAUUGGCUUACCCUGACAUGUGUACUUUAACUCUAACCAAUCUCACUCAUCGUGCCUAAAUUUAACCAAUCCCACCAACGCAGGCAACGAGCACUCAGAGCCUGAGUAAGGUGGGUCAUGCCGUCGCCAUCCUAGGAAAAGCCAAAUUUGCGGCACAUUUGUGUCGUUUACUGGGCUAGUUUUAUAAUGGCUUAAGUGAGGGUUUUACGUUGCUGAGCGCCUGCUGACAGCCUUCGCUCAGAUUGACAGAGAUCCACAGUUUAACUGGACUAGGAAGGCAUGCUGCCUUUAGUUGGAGCUGAGUUGACACCAUUGCAGCUCUACCGACAUCUCCUCCGAUGUUGCAGGCAGUUACCGACCCCAGCAAUGCAGCAGCAUUAUCGACAUGCCAUAAGACAGGGUUACAUCAGUCAUUCAGAUGAAGACGACCAAGAGAGGAUACAAAUGAUAAUCCAAAGAGCUAUUGCAGAUGCAGACUGGAUUCUUGAUAAAUACACCAGGAAGAAGUGAAGUUCAUAAACCAUGAAUAUGUCCUUAGGUGUAGCAUUUGCAGAGCUGCACCUGACAUGAGUUGUAGUGGUGGAUGUACCGUUUCUAGGUCGGAGUUUUGAGUGCUCAUUGUGUUAUUUGUCCUCGUUAUUGUGGAGAUGGGAACACACAUGAUGAAGCAACAUCUGAUUGUUAGGACUAUACUGUAGGAAAUGACUUCUCAGUUAAAUAUAAUGUUCAUUAUCUAUAAAAAGUGAAUAUACUGUUUUUGGAUUGAAAUUAGUUUUUAUAGUGAAUUCAGUACAUUUCAAUAAAUUAUUCUCAAUAUUUAAAGUUUUAUCUUAACAGUGUUAAUAUACUUAACUCGCAAUAAAGGUGGAAUUUUAGACAU